GACAUACUGGACCGCAGGGUCUCCUGGGAAACGUAGUCCAAGCCUCGCCGGGGAUAGAUGGGCCCAACGAAAGUGGGCUGCGUUCUCUGGGUCCUGAGGCGGCAGUCUGGCCGCAGUGACCAGACUAACUGUGCCCCGGAGGCUGCUUGGAAUUCCACUUAAAGCUGGAAGCACGCAGACGCUCUUGAGGCGGGCAGCUACGUAGCGUGUGGAGCCGGGAGAGCGCACCCCAAUGCGGCACCUGAGCCUCUGGGACCGAACCAGCAUGGGGAGUCGGAAGGGGACAAAUCCAGGAUCCCAGUCAUGCAUCUCUGCUUUCUCAGCACACUGCCUCACCCAGAGAAGAAUCCAGAGAAGGAGUGGUGGACUUGGAAUGUUAAGUCAUGGCCCAUUUGAUGAUGUUCAGGGAUGUGGCUGUAGAUUUCUCUCAGGAGGAGUGGGAGUGCCUGGACCUGGAACAGAGGGAUUUAUAUAGAGAUGUGAUGUUGGAGAACUAUAGCAACAUGGUCUCACUGGGUCUUUGCAUUUAUCAGCCAGAAGUGUUCUCUUUAUUGGAGAAAGGGAAAGAGCCCUGGAAGAUUUUGAGCAAUGAGACAAGAGGACCUUGCCCAGACAUGCAGUCCAGGUGUCAGACCAAGAAGUUACUACCAAAAAAUGGCAUUUUUGAGACAGAAAUAGCCCAAUUGGAAAUAAUGAAAAUUUGUAAAAACCACAGCCUUGAAUGUUUAUGUUUUAGAGGUGAUUGGGAAGGCAAUGCUCAGUUUCAAACACUUCAAGAUAAUCAAGAGGAAUGUUUCAAGCAGGUGAUACACACCUGUGAAAAAAGGCCCGCUUUUAACCAGCACACAGCAUUUAAUCUACACCAGAGACUUAACACAGGAGACAAACUGAAUGAAUUUAAAGAAUUGGGGAAAGCCUUUAUUUCUGGUUCAGAUCAUAUUCAACAUCAGUUAAUUCACACAAGUGAGAAAUUCUGUGAAGAUAAAGAAUGUGGGAAUACCUUUCUUCCUGAUUCAGAAGUUACUCAAUAUCAGACAGUUCACACUGUUAAGAAAACAUAUGAAUGUAAAGAAUGUGGGAAGUCUUUUAGUUUACGUUCAAGUCUUACUGGUCAUAAGAGAAUUCAUACUGGUGAGAAACCUUUUAAAUGUAAGGAAUGUGGGAAAGCCUUUAGAUUUCAUUCACAACUUAGUGUCCAUAAGCGAAUUCAUACUGGUGAGAAAUCUUAUGAAUGUAGGGAAUGUGGGAAGGCCUUUAGUUGUGGCUCAGAUCUUACCCGACAUCAGAGAAUUCAUACUGGUGAAAAACCCUAUGAAUGUAAUGAAUGUAGAAAGGCCUUUAGUCAGCGAUCACAUCUCAUUAAACAUCAGAGAAUUCACACUGGUGAAAAACCUUAUGAAUGUAAGGAGUGGGGGAAAGCUUUUACUCGUGGAUCACAUCUAACUCAGCAUCAGAGAAUUCAUACUGGUGAGAAAUCUCAUGAGUGUAAGCAAUGUGGAAAAGCCUUUAUUCGUGGUUCAAAUCUUGCUCAACAUCAAAAUGUUCAUGUUGGUAGGAAACCUUAUGAAUGUGAGAAAUGUGGGAAAGCCUAUAUUUGGAGCUCACACCUUGCUCGACAUCAGCGAAUUCAUACUGGCAGGAAACCUUAUGAAUGUAAGCAAUGUGGGAAGACUUUUACUUGGGCUUCGUAUCUUGCUCAACAUGAGAAAAUUCAUAAUGAGAGGAAAUCCUAUGAAUGUAAGGAAUGUGGAAAGACCUUUCUUCAUGGCUCAGAGUUUAAUCGACAUCAGAAAAUUCAUACUGGUGAGAGAAACUAUGAAUGUAAGGAAUGUGGAAAGACCUUUUUUCGUGGUUCAGAACUUAAUCGACAUCAGAAAAUUCAUACUGGAAAGAGGCCAUAUGAAUGUGAAGAAUGUGGAAAAGCCUUUCUCUGGGGUUCACAACUUACUCGACAUCAGAGAAUGCAUACUGGUGAGGAACCUUAUGUAUGUAAAGAAUGUGGGAAAUCUUUUAUCUGGGGUUCACAGCUUACACGACAUAAGAAAAUUCAUACUGAUGCAGAACCUUAUGGAUGCAAGAAAAGUAGCCACAUCUUUAGUCACCAUUCAUAUUUUACUGAACAAAAAUUUCAUAAUGGGGCAAAUAUCUGUGAAUGGACAGACUAUGGGAACACCUUUAGUCAUGAGUCAGAUUUUGCUCAACACCAGAAUAUUUACACUUUUGAGAAAUCCUAUGAAUUUAAAGAUUUUGAGAAAGCAUUUUCUUCAAGCUCUCACUUCAUUUCACUCUUGUGAAAUAUUAUAUAAAAGUGUAGGAAGGGCUU